CUUUUUCACUCUCGAACACUCUUCCUGAUCCAUAUCUUCAUCCUCAUCUAAAACGCUCUCCACUCACUCAUUUUUUUCGCUUUGUUGAAUAGUUAACCGUUUUUGUCUAUUCCUAUCAAACGAGUGCUGAAAUCUUGAGAGAUACAGGAAAAAAAAAUAUAUAUAAAAACUUGACCUCGAUGCAGUCCGUCGGCAGUUUCUUCUCUUCCGUCACAAAAUUCUAUAGUGAGCUCAAUCCUGCAACUCUCUCGGGUGCCAUCGAUGUUGUCGUGGUGGAGCAGCCGAAUGGGGAUCUGGCCUGCUCGCCGUUUCAUGUCCGGUUCGGAAAACUAAGCAUCCUCCGGCCCCAGGAGAAAGUGGUCGAGGUAACGAUCAAUGGCCGUGUGGUUGACUUUCCUAUGAAGGUUGGAGAUGCUGGUGAGGCCUUCUUUGUCUUUGAAACUGAGCUGGACGUUCCCGAGGAAUUUGCCACCUCGCCCUUGGCAGGACCUUCGGCGGAUCAGGUCGAGGAAGAAAUUGAUUACUUGGACCUUGCUCAGGAGGGUGGGAAUACUCCCACGACUGCCAUACUUCCGCCUGAGGAUUUAGACAAUGGAUAUGUCAGUGCGCAUAGUGGUCAUAGCUCAGAGUUUGAGGGGGACGACCAAGAAGGUCCUUCAUCAGAAAUGGCUCAGAGACCAGGUUAUCCAGUGACGCUUAAGUUUGACUCCUUUGAUGAUGGUUAUGAUUUGGAGGAUGCCGAUCUACAAAACGGACAAGGGCGACAAAGACAUGAAGGACGUACCACGCUCAAGAGUCGUAUUUCCAUCUCGAUCUCGCUUCCUUGCUCGCCGGUCUUGAAGGCCCACGAUAUCAUGGAAAACUUUCAGCCAGUAGUAAAUUCUGAGGGUACUUUGAGGAACAACAGCGAUUCCUCCAACAAAAUGACGCAAAAGGACUUGCUGAGUCCGCCCAAGGACGAACUGAUCAUGGAUAUGACUGGAUAUAAGACAGACGAUUCUGCAGAAAGCGAUCUGGAAUCGGAUGGGCCGUCAACAACUCAAGGGGAGAUCAAGGUCAGACGCAGAGGUCGCAGGAGACGCACGAGAGUCCCACGUUCGCUCUCGGGGCUUACGCGUCACAAUGUAGAGAAGAGGAGCAGCGGGGAGCACGAUAGGAUGAAUGGACAUGCAGCGGCGGCGAGUGAGAGCGACAGGACCGACCCGCGUUUACCAGCUCGUCCGAUCCAGCACCCCUCUGAUCGUAAUUUGCCCAGCAUGCACCCAAAGAAACGCUCGUCGUCGUUGCCCAACCUGGGAGAGCAAGGUGAGGUCAAGAUGUCCGUAUCCCAAAAACUGGCCACCAUUAUCAGGCCGAUACCCACGAAGGAUACGCAGUCAGAGAUCAACGGUUCAGUGUCGAGUGACUCUCAAUUACGCGCGACACCUAGUAGCGUUCUCACCCCGCCCUCCGUUCCAUUGCAGACGAGUAACCACCACAGCAAACGCGACGAGGGCGAUAAGACUUAUCCUCGACGACCUAUUCAUAAAACAAACCAACCUGUUCAGACAAAGAAGUCGCUGCCCAGGUCCAACCCUGCACUCAAUGCACUCAGUGACACUGAGCUGGAGUAUCAAGCACCUCGGAGCGCAAAAUCAGCACAGGAAACCGAGUGGACGUGGGGCUGGGGUAGUUUACCUGUCAAGAACGACAGCGUCGAUGACAUGUCCGCUGCUAAUGCGGAUCAGAACGUACACGGGCUCGACAGACAUGUGUCGAUCGAUAUGGAGUCAUCUCCACCGCCGACCGCCCCGAAGCCAGUGCUGAACGAAAUGGAUAUUGAUGGAGCUGUAUAUCGAGUUGCGAUCAGCUUGUGUCCAGGAGACGACUUUGGAAAGGAUCUGGAGGCAAGCGAGGUUUUAUUUGCGACGCAUCAGAUCUCGUUUGACGACUUUGCAAAGGAUCCGCUCAAGUUUCUCAACAAUAAGAGCCUAGUCUGUUUGAUCAACGACAGGUACUUCACAUGGGCGGCUGCGGGACCCUACCUGGCAUCCCUGAUGCUCUUCCGGAAACCUCUCUCAGACGAGACGCUGCACCAGCUCUCUGUUAAGGACGUUCGUCAUCUGUCCGAUCGAACGCCGGCGGUUCCAGAGCCAUCGACGCGAUUCGGUGUGAUUUCAAGGUGGUUCAGGGGCUCUCAGGCCAUUCCUUCACAGGCAGAUGCGAUGGACCAAGGUCUUCCACUCCAUCCUCCUCCAUACUCUGAAAGCGCUACUGGUCGAUCAAGCACUGUGCAUGAGACUGCAGAAGACACAGAGAAGGAAAAUAGCAAUGGCAUAUACUCUGGUCCAGCCAGAGAGGCGUUAUCGAGUAGCACAUCCUUGCCCAUCGACACUUCCAUAACUCAUUCAGUCCUAGACGAGGACGAUCAGCAACAGACACAACCUCAAGCAAUGCAAAAAAAGAGUAACAAGCGUUAUGCUAAAACUCUUCGCUUGACCUCGGAGCAGCUGAGGUCUCUCAACCUGAAAAAGGGCGCCAACACGCUGACGUUCUCGGUCACGUCCAGCUACCAGGGCAAGGCGGUUUGUUCUGCAAAACUGUUCUUAUGGGACCAUGAUUUCCAGGUCGUGAUCUCUGAUAUUGACGGCACCAUCACCAAAUCCGAUGCUCUGGGACAUAUCUUCACUAUGGCCGGCAAGGACUGGACACAUACCGGUGUCGCAAAACUGUACACGGAUAUUGCCAACAAUGGGUACCAUAUCCUGUACUUGACCUCGAGAGCCAUUGGUCAGGCGGAUUAUACGAGGAAGUAUCUGAAGAAUGUGGAGCAGAACAAUUACCAGUUGCCGGAGGGACCUGUCAUUAUGAGUCCAGACAGAUUGAUGACCGCGUUCCACAGAGAGGUGAUUAUGAGGAAGCCUGAAGAGUUCAAGAUGGCCUGCUUGCGCGAUAUCCGAAGGUUGUUUGGAGACCGCAAUCCGUUCUAUGCCGGCUUUGGAAACCGUAUCACGGACGCGCUUUCGUACCGAAGCGUCAAUGUCCCCUCGUCUAGGAUCUUCACGAUCGAUUCGGGCGGCGAAGUCAAGCUGGAGCUCCUCAGCUCUUACAAAUCCUCCUACCUCGCGCUCAAUGAUCUUGUGAACGAGAUCUUCCCAGGAAAGCGUCAUGCCCCAGAAUUCAAUGACUGGAACUACUGGAAGGCACCCUUGCCCUCGAUCGAGUUACCCAUGGCACCCUCUCACCAACCCGUGCUCCCACAAGCGCCCGUUGACAUUAACACUUACAGCAAAUCCAGUCGCCUGGGCGUGAUCCGCAGUUUCACCAGCUCGUUCACUUCCGGAGCAUCUGGAAAGAGGCGACCGUCGAUCCCGACAUUCAACUCGGCACCCCAGACACCUCCGUCCGCGAAUUCCUCGUUCGUGUCGCAGCUCUCCCCCCGGUUGACGAGUUCUUCGCCCCCACCAUUUCCUUCAUCCUAUAAUCCUGCUGCAGUCACUCCUCCGCUAUCUCCUCCGGUUUCUGCGUCUGGAGGGCUGCAGAUCGCAGAGCGGACGCGUCGACUUUCGACAUCGCUGAUGAAGUACGGAGCCCAGUCUGUGUUGACCUCUCCAGCAUUGUCGUCGUCGGCAUCCAAUGUGAAUCCGUUUGAUAAGCAUAGCGGUCCAUCAUCGGGCACUGCAACCGCGGCAGCAAUUACAGAAUCGAGUAUUGGAAAUCAAGGAAAACGGGCAAGAGGCAUGUCCAUGACCUCGACUUCUGCCUACAUCCCAUCGAACCUUGGGACCUCGCCACCGACCUCCUUUAACUCGUCUCAUCCUCCAGGUACCAUGAAUGCGGAGGAUGUCCAUCCGCUCGAUAUCCAGGUAGAGAAGAAGGCACCGUCGUCUGGGUUUUCAGUGUCCCCUCCUCAAAUCGCCAGUCGAUUCACAGAGACGGUGAUCCCGUUCUUGCGGGGCAGCAGGACUUCAAAGUCAGAACAAGGUCAAAGUCAGGAUCAGGAUGCGACGGGUGCAUUGCUGCAGGAUGCGUAUGCGGAAACGAGCGAGGGCGUGAGUGCGGACCAAAUUCUGAGCGGGUCGUUUGAUGACUAUGCGGAAGGGCCGUAUGAGGAUGAAGACGGUGAUGAGGAAGAUGGCGGAGAAUAUGAGGACGAGUAUGGUGAAGACGAAGAGGAGGAUCUGGAUGAUGUAGAUGUUGAGCUCGAUAUUGAUGCGCCCUUCCUGUGAAAGUAUCGAUCUGGUUUUUUUUUUUUUUUUUUGUUCUUU